AUGUUUGAAUACGACUGUAAUGAUGGAUAUGGCAAUGAUUUGGUCGAAUACACUCUCUUUGUGUUCGCUGUGGCCGCGAAUGUUUCGUCGCUAAUACUGUUCAAAAAGCUGAUUACUGGGGAGAAUCGUUAUGGAUGUAUGUUGAAGAUAAACUGUACGUUCAUGUUGAUCAACACCUUCACAAAGAUAUUCACCAGAGUGGUAAGUGAACAAUCCCACUUUACGAUGAUGAUUUCCAGCACUUCUAUACGAUCGAUGGGAUGAUGUUUGUCAGAAUCCAAGGCCCUCAUCUCAAAUAUCUCCUAAGAGACGCUCCGAUGAUUCUCCAUUACGCUGUUGUUGUCAUCGAUAAGAUCACUUGUUACUGCGCAUUGUUUAUCACAAUCAUUCCGUUUGUCUACAGGUACAUUGUGAUUACAAAGUAAGUAAUCCUUACUUCAAACUUAUUCCUCAGAAAUCGAGUUCCCACGUUCCGAGAUUACCUUCUAAUCAUCGUAUCUUUACUUUCCAUGUCCUCAGUAUUGGCAUCAAUACCUGCUCUCUUUUCCUAUAUCAAUCGCGAUCAGAUCUUCGAAGUAAUGGGAAUCCAGCCUAACAUUACAUUUUUGGGAUGUGUCAAUCCACCGAUCCCUUACAUGGCGAGUAUGGGGGUAAGUUUGCCAUGUAUUAUAAAGGAAACCGAUUCUUUGUCUCAUUUUUACUGCUAAAAUUUCAGGAGACGAUGAUUGAACAUUUAAAGGGCUCAACGUUGCUAAUUGUGGUCGUAUCUUCGUAUAUGGUGAUAUAUUAUUGCACAACAGCGGUGGCUCGCCACAUUCAUCACUCGGAGCCGGUUUCAAUGAGAACCAAAUGUAUGCAAGAGAGGCUUUUGUACGCAAUGAGAAUUCAGGUACGGAUUAUCAACUCUGUGUAUAACCCAUGACUAUAUAUGCACAUGUCGGUGUUUCCUUUAAUCUUGUCCAUGACCAUUUUCAGGCCGUAAUUCCCACAUUUUUCUCAUUAAUACCAUUUCUGCUCUCCGAAGUCGCUACUCUCACCGGCUUUUACCCAAACGAAGCUUUGUUCGUUCUCUACCUGAGCUUAUUCACCUUGAACUUCAUAAAUCCGUUACUUGUUUUGAUAACUAUAAAAGAGUCUCGACAAAUUCUAUUUUGUUGUUUCGACCGACAAAAGAAAAGAAUACAUUCGACGCAAUCUUGUGAGUUAAAUUUAAUUUGCUAUCGUCACCUAAUACUAUUAUAUUAAAAAUGAUUACAUUUUUUUCAGUAUAUUCGGUCAGCCACGGAAGUUUGCCCUGGAAGAAAAUUACUGUCUAA